UACAUAAUUCGGAACUUUAUUUUCAUUUUGUCAUAUUUUUAAAUUAGUAUUUUGAGGCAGUUCACAAUUCUGGUUUAGUCAACAAUUAUUUAUCCCGAAACAUAUUAAAAAGGUGUGAAAGAAUUUCACUCAACAGAUUGAUUUUUAAUCGGAGAGCUUAAAACGUAAAAGUUGCCUUUAAAAUUGCCGUGGAGUGUUGGUUGAUCCUAGUUGGUGUGUUGAUCCUUUUUGACAUUCAAGAGCUGCCUAUGUCCGAGGACCUCAUUUGUUCAGUUUUUCUCGCAAGAGGUGAUCAAAUAUGGUGCUGGUGGAUAAACUAAUGAACGCCAGCCGUGGAAAAACACAGACACAGUGGAGCCUCUCAGGAUGACCUGCCAAGGGAGAAGCGCCCCCUCAUCGAAGUCCCACUGUAGUGCACAUUUACUCGAAUGUCCCAUUGAUUUGACAGCCAAACAGCCAAAUAAACAGGCUGGCAAACAAGCGAGUGAGUCAACAAAGGCCCAGGACUCUGCAUUUUUUGCGAGUGCGCAUUUCCGCUAAGCAAAACAAAAAACGGAACGGAGGAAACUUUGGGAAAAUGGGUGAACAGCCGAACGGUGCGCUUAUCCGACAUCUGCGAUAUGCGAUUCAUCACCUUUGUGACGGGCCCAAUUCAAUCAGCGCUCAGCUGAAACUGAAACUGAAACCGAGAGCAAAAGGGCCAGGGAUUAGCUCCCCGUGUUUAUUAAAAGCAGCCGUGAAUGGAAUUGAGAUGACUAUCGAAGGGCUUAGUUACGCAGUAGCCUGAUAAUAUUGGCAGUGCCGAGUGUUGCAUCCGAGGCCGGAUGUCGUUUUCCAUCGCAAAUCAGCACACUGCACCUGAGAUCAGCGGAAAGCGAUAGAAGAGGUUUAUUUGCAGCUACGAUGUGCAAACAGGUAGCACACUCGGCACUUGAUAUACCCAGCUGAAAAAGGAGUCCAAGAUAAUGUUUCCCUAGUCAGGCUAGAACACCCAUGCAGCUAAUGCUAAUAUUAUACAUUUAUGUUAAGUUAUUUAUUUAUAUUUAACAUUUAUGUUGUAGGUAUGUACUUAUACUCCAGGCUGCUUUGCUAACUGGGCCCUCAGCUGUAGUCAAUUCAUCAAACUCUCUGCUACCACGGGGAACAGCAAAUUUUUAAGUUUGAAAUUAAGAAAUACAUUUUAUAAAGGUCUGACUUAUAAAGGUCGACUCUAUCAAAUAGGUGCCAUUUGGAAAAUAAAGG